CUGAGCACCGGCCGGAGGCCUGGCAGGCGAGUCGCUUUGGCUGGGUGCUGAGGGACGCUCCUGCCUCCACUCCAGUCACACUCAGAUUGAUUAUAGCAUGAGAAGAUGCCAGUUAUCAAAGUGCCAGUGGUACACAGAUUUGGAAUAUUAUCCAAUAGACAACAUAAAGAACUUCAAAAGGAACUUUUGAGAAAAUAUUUGCCAAAUCGUUCAUACGAAAUCCACAGUGACAAGCCUAUAAACCCCUUGGAAAUCACAGAAAAAUUCAUUCAGAAGUUCAAUGAUGCAACAAAUCCGCAGGAUAAAGAAGACUUACUAGAACUAGCUAAGAAAAUGCUUGCCAGAUGCAAGAGAAGAUCAGGCCUUGGCACAUUAGGUUCUGGGAAGCAUGUGGAUCUUCCAGUAGCAUGGACAGAAACAAUUAUAUUGGCUCAAUGCAAAGGUGAAAUCCAGGAAGAAGCUUUGGACAUCCUUUUAAUUUCUUUGGACCAUGCUCCCAUGAAUCCAGAACAUGUCCCUGUUUUAUUUUUCAUCGCUGAAUCCAUUUUGUAUAGGAUUUGUUGUGAUGCGGCACAGAAAUCUUAUUUAUACUCCAGCGAAAUCAAGUUAUCAAAGGUUGGAUUUUUGGUCUUUUUAAGGCUCCUUGUUUUUCACCUGUGUGGUCACCUGGAGGCUUCUGGAGAACAUACAUAUAGGCUUCAUACAGAUUUAAAAGCACUUUCAGCUUGUGAGGUCUGCUACCAUCCAUAUCCAAACAUCCUCUCGGCUGUGCAAUUUAUGCUGAAGGCUGGAGAAACCAUAUGUGGUGCUGUGGUAUCUUCUGAUGUAAGCUUGGAAGAUAGACAGAAGCAGAGUCCUCUUGGCAUGUCCAUCUUGGAUUCUGACCCAUCAGUUCAAUUAAAGCUUGAACAAAAAGAAAAUACGAUUCAGAACUUUCUUUGGCAUAGUCUUGUUGUUUGGGUUUGUGUACACAACAACUCUUCUCGACUAGAUGAAGUACUUCAACAUCUUCUGUUCUAUAAGGAAGAGCUCCAUCAGAAAAACUGGUUGGAUUCUGUAUUAGGUUUGUUGGUCCUUGGAGAGGCUGCCAAAUUAAACUUGUCCUGCUUGAAGGUUUUAAUGGAUCUAGUGAGAGAUUUUAUUUCAAGCUCUGUGUCUCUUCAGAAGCAGAAAGACAACUGCAUGAAAAAUCUAUCAUCCUGGCGCUGGGAAAUAGGCUACAUAUACACCACUGUGCUCAGAGACGUUUGUUUAAGUGGUAUUACCUCAGAUAUACAAAAGACAGCUUUUCUUGGGUUCUGUGAUUGUACAAAACCACCUAAGCAUCCAGAAGAAUUAAGUGGAGCAAGUUUUGUUGACCUUUUGCACUACAGUCCUUCACAUGAUCCACUUGACUGUGAAGAACUAUUCUGGGUUAUUCACUAUGGUGUUGUUUACAAUCUGGUUGUGAUGUGCAAUGAACUCUGUGGGGAUGUGAGUCGAGAAGGCUUAAGGAAUGCAGUAUGGAAAGCUUUACAGAAACAAAAGAACAAUGAAAAGGAUAGCCGAGUCCUGGAAGCCAUCAGAGUAGCUGAGGCUGAGGCAAAUGGUCCAGCAAAUCCUUUUAUUAGUUCAAGUACAAAUGCUCCAUCAUCUUCCAGGACCUUAACCGCCUGCCAGUAUGUGGGCUGGAGAGUUGCCAAUGUACUCUCCCAGGUCUACUUACCACCCAUUGGUCCCAGCAUCCCUCUGCCAAGCAAACCUAAACAGAAGCUAUCUCCUAUGCAGUAUCAGCACUCAGAGCAGUGCGAUGUGGCGAAAAGAACUACACGUUCUUCUCUAAGGGAAGAACUUUUGCAAGCAAGAAUACCAAUUUAUCCAUAUCCAGAUAUCCUUACCCGGACAGAUAGGGAGCUAAAGAAGAUAAUUGAGGAUCAGUGGCAGAAAGAGCUGCAGAUCAGACUGAAGGAAGAGGAGGAGCUCCUGGAGAAAGAACGUCAGGAAAAACAAAAGGAGGAGGAAGAGCAAUUCAGAGAAAUUAUGAAAAGGCGAGAAGAAAAGCUGCACAAGAAAACCAAACCUUAUGAGCUUCCUGUUAAACACAAAGCUGAAGAUUUGAUACAGUGAAUUAAAAGAGCCAACUGUCAGUAUUUCAGCAACCAGCACAAAUAAAGGACUGAGUUUCUAAUCUAAAUUUUAAUACUUAAAAUUAAAAUUAAAAGAAAAAUUAUAAAAAAUAACUGCUCCCCAGUGACCAAUUGGUGGGUACUUGUAGAAUGACCUAGCGUGCCAGGUCUGCAGCUCUGUGACACCCGAGGAAUCCAUUCCCCUGAGGAUUUCAGCAGUCUAGGAAAAAUCCCUGGGUGUUACUGAGCUGUUGAAGCACUCUCUGAGUCCUUAGUAAUGGGGGUGUUUUUGGAGUAAGAGGAAGUGGCUGGAGCACCACAGCAUCCAGUAUUCCCCAACUGCUGGAGUAGCCCUUUUAGAUCACGGGAAGCCAGGUUUAAUGUAAAGUAGUCCUGAGGUUGCCUUUUGUUAUAAGGAGGACUUGGAUGGGCCUAGUGUCAGGGAGCCUCUGCCCCUCACAUGCCCUGAGCCGAUCGUAGCUGCUGCUAAGGCUGUAGCCCAUUAGUCUUAGAAACAUGCAAAAAGGCUCCAUUUCAGUAAAUGGGAUUAGGGAAAAUCUUUUUAUAGCUUUGACUUCCCGAGGUUCAUUUGGAGUUUCUACUUCCAACAAUGAACUGAAGCUUCCAAAUUUUACCUGAUUUCAGGUUGAAAUCAGAGAUUUCUGAUGGUCUCCCUUCAGAACCAUGCACUGGCCAAAUAGCAGCUCACAUUUGCCACAGGACUAGCAAGCCUUUGUGACCUUGGCCUUAGUUUCGGUUUGAAACAAAACCAGGCACAUUUUUCUGUAUUCAGGUUUCCUUAAGAAAGGUUCAUAAAGCUCCAGUUAUUUCCUAAAUGCAAGAACUUUCAUGCAUCAUCACUUUUUGCUACACUCUUUUGAGAUAAGAUAUAUCAGAAAAGUGAUCGUUAAACCUGCAGCAACUAAGAGCCUCAACUAACUGCAAAUUUUUCAAUUAUCUUUUUUCCAAUAGUAUAAUUAGCAUUUCUUCCUAUUAAUUCUUGACUUACGAUCACACAGCAUAUUUUAUCAUUUGUAAAUAGAAGUAGUUGCUGUUCAUUACUAAACAAUUAAAUAUGAAUUAGUUGUAAAUAAUUGAUAAGUGGCAUUUCUGAAUCGUCUCUGAAAAGAAUGAGCAUCAACUGAGUUUUGCCUGUGUGAGCAAAUCUUAGAAUAAAACCAGUUAUAAACUUGGCAGAAUACGGGAGCAAUGAAUUGAAACAAAUUCUUCUUGAAAGUUUCUUUAAAAAAAAAAACACAAAAACCUAAGAAAUCAGCAAGAGUAGGCUAGAAUCAUAUUAUUCUUGAAAUACAGCAGAUCUCCCAUUGCUGGCAUUGGGCCUCUUGGGCAUGUGGUUAUGUGAUUUGAAUGCACAGUUAUACUACUUGCGUUUGCUAAUUUGGCAUGUGAUUGUAUCAUUAGGUAUCAUAGCUAAAAUAGUUGUGAUGAAUGGGGGAGUUCAUGCUUCUUUGAGCAGACAUUUCAGGUGACCAAAGACAAUGUUACAUUGAUUCAUGUUUGGAGGGUUACUUUUGAAGACCUGUGAAAUGCAUAACUCAAGACUAGUAGAGAAACCCUACAGAUCUCAGUAUCCCCAAGAAUACCCAGUCUCUCUGAAUUGUUCCCCAAGCUUUCUCUCCCAUUCCUCUUUUUCCCCUGACAAUGGGUUUGAAAGGAGUCAUUCGAACCUGCGUGCUUUCCUAACACCUGUCCUGAGUUCCCUCCCCAAACAAAGGAAGAUUGCUUUGUGCCUAAAAUGAACCCACAGAAGUUUAUGCUGAUUGGUUCAUGACUGUAUCCAUUGAGAAAAAUCUCUGCGGGAUUAGGGAUGAAAUACCAUGGGGGAUGGUCAUCACAUUGGUCUUGCCCCUUUCAUCACCAGCACCCCCCUUCCACAGCUACAGCAGCCUGCCCUACAGCCUAGAAGCAGAGGGCUUCUGCAGGAUUGGUGGA